CGCUAGGUGCGCGUGCGCAGACCUGCCGUUCGGCGGCGGAGCGGGGAGGGCAGCGCCGGUAACGGACGCAGCUUGGACUUGGUGUAGCUGAUGUUGCAAGCCGGAGGAGGCUGGCUUGGUGCGUAGUUUCCCGUUUCUGCUGUGCUCAUUCUUAUCCUGCCUGGUGAAGUCCCCACGAUGCAUCUGAGUCGGGAGCAACAAUGGAUUGGCCCCAACAAAGAUGUAGCAGGUGUUGGGAGAAGACAUCCCAUCUGACAUGGAGGUGAUCAAGAGAGCUGAACACCGACUGCACCAACAUGGGGUUGCGGCUGUUGGCUUGUCUUUUUCAUUGGCCCACUGCAGUGAUCUACGGGUCCCUGUCGCUGUUUGUUUCCAUUUUGCACAACGUGUUCCUCCUGUACUACGUGGACACCUUUGUCUCUGUUUACAAGAUUGAUAAACUGUCCUUUUGGAUAGGAGAGACAGUGUUUCUGAUCUGGAACAGCCUCAAUGACCCUCUGUUUGGCUGGCUGAGUGACCGAGUGUUCCUUAGCGCACAGCAGCCAGGAGCAGAGAUUUCCUCCCCCAAAGUAGUUCUGAAGAGGCUCAGAGUGCUAAGCCACAAUGGCCCCCUCUUUGCCAUCUCUUUCCUGGCUUUCUGGGUUGCCUGGGCUCAUCCCGGUUUGCAGUUCCUUCUUUGCCUUUGCAUGUACGACAGCUUUCUCACCAUGGUUGACCUCCAUCACAACGCCUUGCUCGCAGACCUGGCUGUUUCAGCAAAAGACAGGACUAGCCUCAACUUCUACUGCUCCCUCUUCAGUGCCAUAGGCUCCCUCUCUGUCUUCAUGUCCUACGCAGUGUGGAACAAAGAGGACUUCUUUUCCUUUCGCAUAUUUUGCAUCGUGCUGGCCCUCUGCUCCAUCACUGGUUUUACCCUGUCCACACAGCUGCUCCGCCAGCGGUUUGAGGCUGAUGGGAAAGUGAAAUGGGAUGAGGAAUCAACCCUAAAAGAGCUGUGCAUUGAGAAACUCUCUGUCCCCCAGGAGAAGAGGAUCACCCUAGCAGAGUAUCUCCAGCAGCUCUCCCGUCACCGCAACUUCCUCUGGUUUGUCUGCAUGAACCUCAUCCAGGUUUUUCACUGCCACUUUAACAGCAACUUCUUCCCUCUGUUCCUGGAGCACCUGCUGUCAGACCAGAUAUCUGUCUCGACUGGAUCCUUCCUGCUUGGCGUUUCCUACAUUGCCCCUCAUCUCAACAACCUCUACUUCCUGUCCCUCUGCCGCCGCUGUGGGGUUUAUGCUGUGGUGCGAGGACUCUUCUUCCUGAAGCUGGCUCUCAGUGUUGUCAUGCUCCUGGCAGGACCUGAUCAGGUGUAUCUGCUCUGCAUCUUCAUUGCCAGCAACCGGGUGUUCACGGAGGGGACCUGUAAGUUGCUCAACCUGGUAGUCACUGACUUGGUGGAUGAGGAUCUAGUCCUGAACCGUAGGAAGCAGGCAGCCUCAGCGCUGCUCUUUGGGAUGGUGGCUCUGGUCACCAAGCCGGGCCAGACCUUUGCCCCUCUGAUUGGCACCUGGCUGCUCUGUGCGUACACAGGCUAUGACAUCUUCCAGCGCAACCCCUUGAGCAACGUGGUGAGUGCCCAGCCGAAGCUAGAGUCUGCCGCAGCCUUGGAGCCAACUCUUCGACAGGGCUGCUUUUACCUCCUCGUCUUCGUACCCAUCACAUGUGCGCUGCUGCAGCUCCUCAGCUGGUCUCAGUUCAGCUUGCACGGGAAGCGUCUCCAGAGGGUGAAGGCUCAGCGCCAAAGCCUGAUGCAAGGCCAAGCACCAGAGGUCAAAACGAUCUAGGGGGGUGCCUGAGUCCCCGGGGUGUUGCUGGUUCCAGGCUGGUGCAGGACUGCAGGCUAAGCACCAGGGAUGGCGGGCUGAGAAAGCCCGAUGUUUACAGAUCAACUGUGAAAUGCUGUAAUGCCAAUGUUUACUCAUUCCAGGAGGUGGUUGCUGGGGAAGGCAGAGAAGUUCAGCAUGUGAGGGUCUGGGGAUAGAUUGCUUGGCCACAGGAGCAAGAACGUUUUAUCCUGGCCUGUCGCAGGGAGCAGAGGGCUCCUCACCCCAGCAGGGAGGUGCUGGGUUGCAGUGUGUGGUAGAGACAUGUCGGCCUCUGCCUGGGCAGGAGGAGACCGCACAGGGAGUUCCUCCUAGCUGGAGCCCUGCAGCUUUGGGGAGUGGAGUCGGGGGGGGCUCCUGAGGGACCAAGUGACCGAGGCAGCGAUUGCAGGACAGCAGGAGCAGGGGUGAGGACCCUGAAGGCCUUUCCCAGUAGCUGGCACAACCCCUCCCACAUACAGUGCUGUGGUUCUUGGACCAAAUCUGCUUUUAGGCAUUUCUUGUUCCCAGGGUCUUCUGGCCAUGCUGGUUUUAUGCUGAGGCUCCCUCCUUCGUGGCCUUACAGAGGGACUGGGUAGUUGCUGGGCUGGGAAAAGGCAAUGGCCUUGAACUGGGCUCAGAGCCUUGAGCUGGAACAUCUCAUCUGCACCCUGUCACCCGUGUUUAAGCCUCCUCUCCCCUACACAGCCCCUUCCAGUCAGCACUGUCACGCUGCUGUGCUGGCUGGGGCUACGGGGCUGAGGUCAGGGAACCAAUCCUGAACCAAGCUGAUGGAAGUGCCUCCCUGCCCAGGGCCGUGGCAGGUGACCAAGUGAGGCAGCCUGGUGCCUUCCCCUCUUGCAAGGGGAGAGCACAGCCUGGAGGAGGCACCAGGUUUUGCUUUUGUGCCUUCCGUUCCUCUUCUGAGCCUGUCUGAAAGGGUGGGUAGUCACAGCGUUGAGAUUUUUACCUUUGUGGGGAAAGGCAGGCACCUCAGCUCCUCUGCUUGAAAGGGUGCCCGAGUUUGAUCACCUCAUCUGGCUGCUGAGCCAUGGACCGAAGGAAGAGAGCGGGUGGUUUGAUCUCUGCGGUUUUGGCUGGGAGCUGUCAGGGCAGAUAGUCACCAAAGGUAUCCCUGAGGUGAGGGAGUGCCUUCCCCCUUCCUGCAGCGCAUUUGGGGUCAGGCAGGAGAGAUGUGCCAAAGCAGAGCUCUGCCCCUGUGCGUGCCCACAGGAGGGGGCGUGCAGGCAGCCUCUGAGAGCUGUUGCAUGUUUAGGGAUGUGCUGUUCUUUGUUAGUGCCAGGUUCCCUCUGGGGUCUCGGCCCACAAACCUGCCAUCUUGCCUCAGGACGCGGCUGCCUUCUGUCUUGAACCAAGACAUUCCUGCCGUGAGGCUUCUGUAGCUCUUCAUGGUUCAAUCAUAAGUUAUUUGUGUGACUUCUAACAAAGUUUGAGAAUGAUUCUUCAUUUCAUAAAUUAAAGAUGAUCUUUUCUAUA